CAGCGAAGAAGAAGUCGUUAAUUCGGGGUUGGCUGUUGUUGUGCUCCUAGGUUUUUAUCAUUGAUAAUAAGCUAAACAAAAUAUAAACACCUCGACACAAACCGUUUCAGGAUUCCAAUUGCAUCUUCCUGCAACGUUUGCGAAACACAUUUGAACACUGGGAUUUGUAACUAGCCAGCUAAGUUAGCCACGUUAUUAAUUAGCUAGUUAGCUAACGCUAGCUACAAUUGCUAGCUCUAGUACACCGUUUGGCGCUGGUAGAAUGGCGGAGGAGGAAGACGAAACAGUUUUUGACGAGGAUUUGGAUGACGGGGCGGGUGGAACCGAUGGGAGCCACGGCAAGCGAAAACGGUUGUUUUCUAAAGAGCUUCGGUGUAUGAUGUACGGGUUUGGAGACGACCAGAAUCCCUACACCGAGUCAGUGGACAUCCUGGAGGACCUUGUGAUCGAGUUCGUCACGGAGAUGACGCACAAAGCCAUGUCCAUCGGACGCCAGGGCCGUGUCCAGGUGGAAGACAUUGUUUUCCUCAUCCGGAAAGAUCCAAGGAAGUUUGCCAGAGUGAAGGACCUCUUGACGAUGAACGAGGAGUUGAAGAGAGCCCGCAAGGCCUUUGAUGAAGCAAACUAUGGUUCUUAGGUCGUGUGGUUGUAGAGGGAUAUGGGCUUCAACACGAAUUUCCUUUUCUUUCGCAUUGUCCAUACUGUUUAUUCUGCUAUGAUUAUUUGACAUGUUUUUAUAAGGCUCUAACGUUUAUUUUGUAGCAGAUGUGGCCAUAGAGAUGUUAAUUGACCAUCCACUUGUGACUUCAGAUAUGUUUGUGCUCAUGUCAAAUGCCAAUGCCUAUCUUUAUCAUAAUCAUCGGUGUGGCUUUCUGGCAGACUAGAUGCUAUGUUGGGAAAGUGGAUUGCACAUUUGUUCACAAAUAAUUUCUCAAUCUAAUAGCAUAGACGAAUAUGGCAAGUAGCUGAGCGUUUUGCUGUUUCGAAUACCCGAGCUGACACUGGGGAAAAAUGGUCUGUGCUCUUGAGCAAGGCACUUUACCCUAAUUUAUACUAGAAAGUUCUCAUUAAAGUCUCAAUGUCUGCUGAAGGAUAUUGCUUUGCAGUAUCAAUCAUCACUAAGGAUAGACAUUGUGAAAUGAAUACAGUAACUCACACCUUUUGACACGGUCUUCCAUCCUUUACUGAGAUAUUUCAGGACAUGGGCCUAGCCCAGCAGGGAGGUCAAUGUGGACUUUGUAUAUGAAUCCAUGGAUGGGUUUUUGUUCCGGAACUAUUUAACUUGCUCCUACACCUUUUUAAUGUUAUCGUUGAAUAAACUAUUUGGCCUGUUCUGUUAAAUGUUUGCAAAUGAAUGCACAUGGGCCUAAAUUUUGCAUGCAAUAAACCUGCAGGACUGAGUUUACCCUUUGUCUCAACCCGGGGUUUCCCAAACUCUGUCCUGGAGCCCUCCCUGGGUGGACUACAGAGCUGAUUCAAAUAACCAACUCAUCAAGCUUUGAUUAUUUGAAUCAGCUGUGUAGUGCUAGGGCAAAAAAUCUAAAAGGUGCACCCCUGGGAGGCAGGACCAACUUUAUGAAACCCUGCCUUAACCCACUGUAUCAGUACCGCAUUUUAAUAGGGACUCCUUUGGCUACUUAGUUUGCACAAUCAACAUUUUAAAAACUUGCCAGGAUUUCCCACUGAUUUUAUUUAUUUGUAUUUUGCAAUGAGUAAGUAGGCCUAGCUUUACUGCUUUCUAAUCUGGCUUGUUAUUUUGGUCCAAAAACAGUAACAGAAUCAAAGACAAGAUGGAUGUAUGAAUCAAAGUAAAUGAAAAACAUUGAUAUUCCUCAAUAAUAGCCUACAGACCAA